AUGCGAGCCGAUCCCCCCCUUUCUGCCCCACCGCCACGGGACACCGACGCCAGCUCCACGCUCAGCAGCGAAAGCGGCAGAAGUAGGGCUUCGUCCCGUUCCUCCUCGGCGUCCUCCAGCGGCCGGCGGUCGGGGUCGCGGCGGGCUCGCAAAGGUGUGUCGUCUGAGCGGGAGAGCAGGCGCCAUGCGACUAGUCGGAAGAACUACGCAGACCACGUGCCUGUGUUUCCCAACCUGCGGCGCCCGACAACGAUUCUGCUUGAGCCCUGCCCCAACCGUCGCGUGCGGUCCAUGUGCAUCGCGGGGGGGAUGCUUGUGACGGCGCACCGCAACGGCAUCCGCGUGUACCGGCAGCGCUACCUCACCGCCCUGAACGCGGCGAGCGACCGUCGCUGUGGUGGCAGACGCGACGGCGACAACACCGGCAGCCGUAGUUCUCACGACAGUGAGACUAAUCCCGUCGACGUGCGGACGGGGAUGUGGGACGCUGUUGAGAGCCGAGACGGCUUCCAGCUGCAGGAUGCGUAUCUGUGCGUCGGGGCGGAGUCGGUCUUCAGCCGGGAACGCGUCCUUCCGCUGAAGUGGAAUCGAUACCUGGCCGUGGCCUGCGGUAGCGAUCGCACGCGCUUCAGCGUUUGUGUCUUGAGCACCGCCGCCCAUUUUCUGCUGCACCACGAGCUACACGCAAAGAACCGGGUGGUGGCGCUCCACUUCGCUUUGGUCGCGAUGGAGGCGAAGGCGGGCAGCAGACGCUACCAGCCAUUUGUGGUGAGCGUGGACGAGGUGGGCGAGGUGGUCGUCUUUGACGUUGAGCAGGAUCGUGCGGUGAAGCUGGCCGUGCCCACGGCCGCCCCCGCCAGGGAAACCGCCGCGGCCAAGGAGCCGAAGGAGGCCGAAUCCCCUGAUCUCAUUCCCUGCAAGGAAGACGCCAUCAACGACAUUGACGCUAAGCACAGUACCAGCAGUGGCGGUAGCAAAGCAGACAAUGACACUGGCGACGGCGACACGGAGGGGCACGCGGGUGCCGACGAGGCCGAGGCUCCACCGUCUUGCUUCGAAAAAAGCAACACGGCAUCCACGUCGCCGAGCUCAGGGGGCAUCGACAUUGGCGGCGCUGGUGGGGGUACCCUCAGCCUUCCCACACUGCGAGCAUACCGUCUCGAUGCCGGUCUGGCUACAAAUGUCUUUCUGCUUGGCCCGUGCCAGGUGUAUUGCAAGCGUUGUUGCAACGUUCCCACUGUGCCUGGGAGCCUUGUCAUGAGUCUGUACAUUUCUUCACACGCUCAUGGUGUGGAGGGGCAGGCGGAGAUGCACGUUUCGCAUCUCCGCUUCCGUUGGUGGUUUUCGCCGCCACGGGCAGUUUUGCUUGGCGAGACCCCCAUUCUUCGCGAGGGGGCGCCGGAAGAUGUAUGCGACAUUGGCGUUGCAAUGUUGCGCGUUCCGUUGCACGAGGAGCUGCCGCCGAGCUUCACGAUCGGCCGUCCGCGGCUCCGCUUUUGGAGUCUGAGCGGCUGCACUGGGCACCUCCUGCAUCUGCAUCGCGUGUACCAUGACAAGGACGGGAGUGGGAAGGGAGCGCGAACGGUGAAGGAGCAUUUCCUGCGUGCGGUGCCGCUCGGUCGGCAGCUUCUGCAGCAGGACCUCAACACCUCGUGGUUCUGCCUUGCCGCACUCACCGACGACGACGUCGUACUUUUGCUGGGGAAAGAGCCACGGCCGGUCCGCCGUAGCGCUCUGCUGCAGACGCAGGAUCCAACCGCCGCUGUGGCGGCGGUCGACGGCCGAGACGCGCUGGAGACGUGGCUGGACGGUGUGGAGGAGGGGAAGGAGGCAGCGGCCUCGCCGGUGAGGCCGUCGGGAGACGCCACCGCCGACACGGCGCCGCUGCCUGCUUCCGCUUCCUCGCCACCAUUCGUGGACCCGAAUCAGGACUACACGGUUCUCAUGGUGCUGACGCUGCCGGGGGCUCUUGCGGCGAAGGCCAAUUCGAGUCAAGACACAAGCGUCCCCCCCAUCCGCAUACUGCUGUCGGUGCCGUACAGCAAUGAGCUGCUGUUUUUUAUGGGGGGGUGCGACGAGAUCUACUCUGUUUACUUGCCGUUCGUGAGAACCGUCGCGUCUGGUGGAGCCGCGGCGAGGCCUACAGAGCCAGCGACGGCCACCGCAACUGGAUGGAUGGACGCCGCAGUCAGUGCAAGCCACCUGCUAGAGCUGAGAAUAGCGCGCCCGUUGAUGUCUGCCAUGUGGAGCCUUGCAGGCGAGGUUGAGGUUGACGAGGGGUCACUCCCGCCCUUGUCGUCAUCCCCACUGCCAGCACCACAGCCACAGCCACAGCAGCAGGAACAACAACUUGAGACACCGACGUCAACGGCCGGAGGCGAGGAAAGGGGGAGGAUGCCGUCAGCUUCACGGAGUGUCAUGGAGGUCCACAUUGGCAGCGACGCUGGUCCAAGUCCCCGGAGGAGGAAACGCCGCGGUGAUGCGAGGUCUGCGGUGCACGAGAAUGGCCGGGUCCCAGAAAAUGAGGAUGACAUGCGGAGGGCCUACAUCGAAGAAGAGUGGCGCAAGCUGAUGAAUACCCAGCACUGGGGUGGGAAGAAGACAGGUGGGGAAAAGGGAGGGGGAGGUGUGGAGAGUGCGGGUAUGCUGAAGCGGCUUACGACGAUGGAAGAGCCAUUAGAGCGCAACACAAUCAUGUAUGAGUGGAGUGAUACACACGAUGAUUUGUAUGUGCAAUUUGUACAGAAGGGCCUGGAGAUUGUGGAGGCGGAGAAGACAUGUGACACCGCACUUGGCGCCUCUACACCGGGCCACAGGUGCCAGGAGAGCCUUCGUGAUCGCGUCACGUUGAGCGAGUUUACGCGGGGGGACCACUCUGCGGGUUUCAUGCAGGCGUUUCGUCACGCCCAGUGGCGGCGGCAGCAGCUGCGCGACAAGGGCGGGAUCUUUAACUUCGCGGCGUACUUCUCCAGCGGCGCUGUGCCGCAGCGGCUGUUAGACGUACAGGAGGAUGACCGCUGCCGCUUCGAGCUGGCGGACCUCAAGGCCUCCUUCGAGGACGACAUACAAAGGUACGACGCCGUGGAGACGGUGCUGGUGUACGAGAACCAGGAGCGGGUGGUGGACAAAAAUGGGCUGCGGCGGUGGGUGCCGCACCCCACCUUCCCGUUCGACGACAAGGACGGGGUGGUGGUCGACAUCGCGUCGCUCAACGCCUCCGCCACGCUUCGUGGCCCGCCGCCGCUGGCGUCCCCCACCGCCGCAGAUGCCGCGCGGCAGUCCGCGGCGGGUUGGCGCUGGGCGGCCGAGGCGGCGGAGCCCCACUCACCGCGGGCGGGUGCGAGCAAACUCGUCCGCAAGGAGCUGCAGUCGUGGCAGGUGGGGGAGUGGAUGUACGCGACGCGGUGGCCCAAGCGCGAGGAGGAGGCGCAAGGGUCGUUCCAGUGGAGCACCUCCGACGACGCGGGUGUGGCCAAAGUCCGCCGCCGCCGCCUGACACGCAACCGCGUCAACGUGGCGCUAGAGGCGGCCAUGGCGGCAAGGGAGCAGGAGUACAUGACGAGGCUUGCGGAGCUGCGGUUGGAGCUGGACUUGUAG